GUGGGACCGUGGCGGCUGGAGAGAGCGAGACCAUGGAGUCGGGCGUUUUGGAUUCACUUCAGUCACUCGCCAGCUGCGUGGACUUGGGCAAGUGACUCAGGCUUCCUGGGCCUCAGUUUUCUCCCUCUGUAGCGCUGUCUACCUCAUAGGCUUUUGUGAGCACUUACUGAUAUGACGAGGGUGUAGAAACCAAGGCAACCCCCGCGGGCCGUCACUCCGCGUGCGGGGCGCCGGAGAGAGGAAGUCGGCCGGGGCCUCAGGGCGACCCCCCAGCAGCCAUCGCGGCCCUCAGCCUCAGGUAACCAUGUGUGACCGAAAGGCCGUGAUCAAAAAUGCCGAUAUGUCGGAGGAGAUGCAACAGGAUUCGGUGGAGUGUGCUACUCAGGCACUGGAGAAAUAUAAUAUAGAGAAGGACAUUGCGGCCCAUAUCAAGAAGGAGUUUGACAAGAAGUACAACCCCACUUGGCACUGCAUUGUGGGGAGGAACUUCGGUAGUUACGUGACACAUGAAACCAAACACUUCAUCUACUUCUACCUGGGCCAGGUGGCCAUUCUCCUGUUCAAAUCUGGUUAAGAGCAUGGACUAUGCCACACACCCAGUGAUCCAUCCAAAAAUAAGGACUGCAGCCUAAAUUCCAAAUACCAGAGACUGAAAUCUUCAGCCUUGCCUAAGGGAACACCUCGAAUCUUUGAACCUUUAUUGUGUUGCUUUGUACAGGGCCUUCUCUGUGCUAACUUGUUGUGGUUAUAAAGCAAUUAGCAAAACAGCUUACAUUUGUAUUUAUUUUCUAUUCCAUACCUCUCUGCCCCAUGUGUUUUCUCUUCAAAAACCAUUCCUUUAAAGAAAAAAUAAAUCUGUUGGAGAAGUA